AUGGAUAAAUUACGAAGACAGCUCCUCAACAAGAGGAAGUUAAUCGAAAAGAAACGAAGUGCACAUACUAAAGAUCUGAUCGAAACAUCAAGUGAAUUCAUCAUAAAAACACAAUUAGCUCUGCUUGAAGAGGCGUUUACAUCAUACACGAGUACUUAUGAGGAGUUGAGCGGUCUAGAUGAAGAUGAUAAACAACAAGGGCACAUGGAUGAGCUAAUUGAAGUGUCUGAUACAUAUGUUACAUUGAAAGCCGAUUUUUUGGAAUCAUUGUCUAAUAGAACGGUCGAUGAAAACAAACAAACCGUUCAACAGAACAUUCGACUACCACCAAUCAACUUACCACAAUUUGGAGGUAGUUUUGAAGAAUGGUAUUCAUUCAAAGAUCAAUUUGAAGCAAUGGUACAUAAGAACAAGCACAUAAACAACACCGAGAAAAUGUACUAUUUGAAGACAAGUUUAGUAGGACAAGCUGCUACAGUGAUAUCAUCACUGUCGUCGGAUGCAACUAAUUACAUAGAAGCUUGGAAGUCUGUAAUAAGUAGAUAUGACAACAAGUAUUUGGUGUUUCAAAUACACAUGCAUCAUUUGUUCUCACAACCAGCUGCUCAGCAGGAGUCUGCAAUUGCAUUAAAAAACCUAAUUGACUGCACCAAUAAACAUGUAAGAGCGUUACACGCAUUGGGACGCCCUACCAUGUAUUGGGAUGACGUACUCGUUCAUCUUGUGUCUACAAAGCUGCCACCUGAGAUGAGGAAAACAUGGGAAAUUGAGUCGACCAGCUAUUCUAAUUUUCCCACGUGGCACAAUUUGAGUGAGUUCAUAGAGAAUCGAGUUCAUGCUCUUGAGGUCAUGCAGUUUAGGCAUGGUUCUGGUAAGCCAAAGACAACAUCAAAAACUGUUUCACAUGCUACUGUGGUGAGACAACAGGAUCAUAAGCAAUCUUGUCAAGUAUGUUCAGCGCCACAUAGCAUAUACAAAUGUUCUAUGUUUAUGAAAGCUAGUGUCGAAGAACGACGAUCAUUAGCUCAAAAGUUAUCAAUUUGUUGGAACUGUCUGCGUCCUGGUCAUCAGAAGAAACAAUGUACUAUGGAUAAAGUGUGUAAGGUGUGUCAAGCCAAACACCAUACGUUGUUACAUUUACUUGAAUCCACAGUAGACGAUAGUGACGUGAACACACCUUCGGUACCAUCAUCUACUGUUGAAACAAUAGCAGCCCAUGGAACAUCACGUUCAUUGGCUCUGUCAUCAGUACUUUUGUCCACUGCAUUGGUGCGUGUCCAUGGAGCUAACGGACUAAGUGAGCUGUGUCGUGCGCUGUUGGACUCUGCUUCACAAUCCCACUUUAUUACCCACUCGUUAGCUGCCCGAUUGGGUCUAGAACGACGUAGCUCUACCAUUGUAGUGGGAGGGAUCUCCAAUGCCAAGACUAAGGUAACUGAAGUAACGUCAUUUCGCAUAUCAUCACGCCUCACUGAUAUUGACUAUACGUUAGAUGCACUCAUUGCCCCGUGUGUCACUGUGGAUUUACCUACCACCAAGUUGAACGUGGAUCAAUGGUCACACAUACAAAACGUCGCGCUGGCUGAUCCACAAUUCCAUACACCUGGAAAGAUUGAUCUACUCAUUGGUGCUGAGUUCUUUAUGGAUAUUGUACAAGAUGGUAAGAUACGUGGACCGAUCGACGGCAGUCCUAUGUUACAAAACUCCACCCUUGGUUGGAUCGUGUGUGGUGGUCACUUUUCACAACCCAACUGCCAUUUAAGUGUCAAGCAGUCAAGCAGUGCUCCUUGUUAUGUUGUGUCCUGCCAUUCAUCUACAUCAUUGGAAACAACAAUCAAAAACUUUUGGGAACUUGAAGAAGUUCCACGACUUACUGUUAUGUCACCUGAUGAACAGGCAUGCGAAGACCAUUAUGUCGGUACUCAUGCCAGAAACGCAGAUGGUCGUUACGUACUGCGUUUGCCAUUCAAAAACCCAGUCGUAACCAACAACUCAUACUGGCUUGCACUUCAGCGCUUAAAGAAGGUUGAAUGUUUUUUGUCAAAAAACCCAAAUAUCGCAGGACAGUAUCGUGACUUUAUGCUGGACUACGAACAGUCGCAUCAUAUGGAGAAGGGAGUUCCAGCCGAACAUUGUGUCAUGCGACUGCCAUUGCAGGACCACCUGGAGAUGGACAUUAAGCUCUUGGGUGUGUCAUACAAUGCGACAAAGGAUACGUUUUCCAUUCAGACAGACGCGACCAAGGCAGCACAACAGCUAACCAAAAGACAACUCCUAGGUGAGGUAGCCCGUGUUUACGAUCCUUGUGGGUGGUUGGCUCCCUUGGUGGUCGUGUCUAAACUCAUACUACAAAUGUUGUGGAAAGAAAAAGUUGCAUGGGAUGAAAAGGUUUCGGGAGACUUGACAUCCAUGUGGAAUGCACACCGUCUGUCAUACACCCACUUGGACACAUUCGACAUACCACGCUACAUCAACCUCUCAUCACUGCCGGUCAUCUCGUACACCUUGCACGGGUUUUGUGAUAGCUCUGAACUUGCGUAUGCCGCCGUUGUCUAUGUCAUUCCUCGACUCGAACUGUGUGGUGCUCUCCUACUCGCUCAACUUGUCCAUGAGCUAGUGCCAACACUGCACGUUCAAUUAACCCGUGUGUACUUGUGGAGUGACUCCACCAUUGCUCUCCAUUGGAUCGCCAGCGAACCGUAUAGAUGGACCACAUUUGUAGCGAAUCGCGUCACUCAGAUACAGCAGCUCGUACCAGAUGCCACUUGGAAACACGUUCGAUCUGGUGACAACCCUGCAGACGUCGCGUCAAGAGGCUUGACAGGUGACCAACUAAUCAAAUGUGACCUGUGGUGGCACGGACCGACCUGGCUGCCUGAUCAAGAUAGUUGGCCCAACAGUACUCCUCUGCUGACUACAUCAACUGUGCCAGAGGAACGUUCAGUGUCUACUACUGCCGCACCAACUGUCGUGACCUCUGAUAUUAUAACCAGGUACUUCGACUUUGAUCGUUUAUUACGCAUCACCUCUUAUCUCUUACGGUUCAUGAAAAACUGCCGAACGAGCGCUGAGAACCGGGUCCACGGAUUCAUCAGUGUGCCUGAGAUGAAGCAGGCAUUGCAAUAUUGGCUUAGAUCUGCGCAGGAACUAGAAUUCUCUGCUGAGCUGAAUGAUCUACGCCAGAACACCGUGUUGAAAUCCACCAGUACAUUAAAAAGUCUAAAUCCGUUUCUAGAUUCAGCCGGUCUUCUUCGAGUUGGUGGUCGCUUGAGUCAGUCUGAUCUACCAUAUGACCAUAAACACCCCAUCAUCCUACCCAAGACGCAUCAUCUAACACUGUUGAUUGUAAGGCGCGAGCACAUCCUCAACCUACACUCUGGUCUGAACGUAACCAUGGCUGUUCUACGUGGACGUUAUUGGAUCAUACAUGGACGUAGUACAAUCAAACGGAUCAUCCAUCAAUGUGUACGCUGCUAUCGCUUUCGGCCACUCAAAAGCGAACAGAUGAUGGCUGAUCUACCACCCUCACGCAUCACCGUAUCAAAACCCUUCAGACAAUGUGGAGUUGACUAUGCUGGGCCGUUUACUACGCGCUUGCCGCGAGGCCACACGCGUGUUUACACCAAGAGCUACCUAGCACUCUUCGUCUGCCUUGUUACAAAGGCUGUUCAUCUCGAGGUGUCUAACCUGCAAGUGGACGAUCUUGUCGUUGUCAAGGACGACAACACCUCACCUCUUCAAUGGACAUUGGCUAGAGUCAUCGCCACACAUCCAAGCACACAUGACAGCCUGGUGAGAGUUGUCACCAUCCGCACUGCAGAUUCCACUUACAAGAGGCCCAUUACUAAACUUCUCAAGUUACCUCUAGAAUCUUAG